AUGAAUUCUAAUCCAUUCAGUGAUACUGCUGUUAGAAAAAUAAAGCGCUUUCAGUGGUGGCAGCAACGUCGAACUAAAUUGAUUUGUAUAGGUUUAAUUAUUCUUUUAUUAUUUAUAAUUAUUUUUUCGCUCAUAUUAAAAUUUGUUAUUCUUAAACCGAAGAAGUCUGAAAUCACUACCACAACAUCAACUACAACAACAUCAACUACAACAACAACACCAACAACUACGACGUCCUAUCAACAGUAUGUUUGGCGUAACACUGGUGACCUGGUUAAUGCACGGUAUCGACAUGCAGCAUCUAUGUUGAAUGAUGGAAGAGUGUUAGUUACUGGUGGAAUGGGUAGUACAUAUCAAUUAAAUAGUGCUGAAUUAUAUGAGCCAUCGACAGGCACUUGGACACUUACCGGUAACAUGAAUAUUGAAAGAGAAUUUCACACAUCAUCUAUAUUAACAAAUGGAAAAGUAUUAGUUGCGGGUGGAGAAGCUUCUCGUGGUUAUCAAAAUACUGCGGAAUUGUAUGACCUAUCAACAGGUAUUUGGACACUUACUGAUUCACUGCAACAUGCACGAAGUGAACAUGCAGCAACUAUAUUACCGAAUGGCAAAGUUUUAAUUACUGGUGGAUUUAAUGGUCGUACUCAUCUAGAUAGUGCUGAAUUGUUUGAUCCAUCAACAGAAACAUGGACAAAUACUACUAGUAUGAAUAGUGGACGAGAACAUCAUACAGCAUGUGUGUUAAAAGAUGGAAGAGUUUUAGUCGUUGGUGGAAGUGAUCAUCCUAAUGAACGUACUGCUGAACUGUAUGAUCCUUUAACAGAAACAUGGAGAUAUACUGGCAAUAUGACGAGUGGACGAGAAAGCCAUACAGCAACUGUAUUAGCAAAUGGAAAAGUAUUAGUUAUUGGUGGAUCACAUGAUCCUACAAGUGGUGCUGAAUUAUAUGAUCCAGCUAGAGAAACAUGGACAGUUAUCAAUAGUUUGAAGGAUAUUCGGUUUGAUCAUACAGCAUCCGUAUUAACAAAUGGACAAGUAUUAAUUGCCGGUGGAUAUGCUGUUGAUGAUCUUAAUACCGCUGAAUUGUAUGAUCCAUCGACAGGAAAUUGGAUAAUUACUGGAAAUAUGAGUCAUACUCGGACUGAUCACAUCGCAGCAACAUUGACAAACGGAAAAGUUUUAGUUGCUGCUGGUUAUGAUCGUGGAGCCAAAAAUACUGCAGAAUUAUAUGAACCAUUAUAA